GCAGAGAUCGAGGAUGCUGCGGAGGAGCAGCGCAGGCAACCAGUUGCUCUCCAUCCGCCAAAGUGGAACCUUAACCUCAACCUGUUGCCUCGGCGCCGGGACAAGUCCAGCCGAAUUGUAAUUAGGGGCCUAACGAAUCGCAAACAAAGCAGCAUGUCGCCGAUGCAGAUGCUUUUCUAAGGAUUGAGAGGAGCGGAGCUUUCUGGGAGGUUUUGCCGUGAUCUGCACGCGCGUCCGAGGAAGGAAGGAUGGUCGAAUUGGAGAAGGAGGUGCUCCCGCUGCCCCCGCGGUACCGGUUCCGAGACUUGUUGCUCGGGGACUGGCAGAGCGACGACAGGGUGCAAGUGGAGUUUUACGUCAACGAGAACACCUUCAAGGAGCGCCUCAAGCUGUUCUUCAUCAAAAACCAAAGAUCCAGUUUGCGAGUACGAAUGUUUAACUUUGCACUCAAAGUGCUGAGCUGCCUCCUAUACAUUGUCCGAGUGUUACUGUACAACCCGCAGGAAGAGAGGCCCGACUGCAUGAGUGGCAUGAACUGCACCAAACAAAACACAUCCUCCCGCCCAUGGAAUGAGUUUGACUGGAAGCUGAUCAUCUGGGUGGAAAGACCUCUACCCCUGUGGGCACUGCAGGUGCUCGUGGCUUUUAUCAGCUUUUCAGAAACAAUGUUGCUUGUGUAUCUCAGCUACAAGGGCAACGUCUGGGAGCAAGUACUACGUGUUCCUUUCAUUCUGGAGAUGAUCAGCGCCGUUCCCUUCAUGAUCACUGUGAUUCUGCCCUCAUUCCGAAAUCUCUUCAUCCCAGUUUUCCUCAAUUGCUGGCUGGCCAAACAUGCUCUGGAAAACAUGAUAAACGACCUCCACAGGGCCAUCCAGCGGACGCAUUCGGCCAUGUUCAACCAGGUGGUGAUACUCAUCAGCACGCUGGUGUGUCUCAUGUUUACGUGUAUCUGCGGCAUCCAGCACCUGGAACGAGCGGGCAACAAACUGACCUUGUUUGAUUCGCUCUACUUCUGCGUCGUCACCUUCUCCACGGUGGGCUUCGGGGACGUCACCCCGCAAAUAUGGCCCUCACAGCUCUUGGUGGUCAUCAUGAUCUUCGUGGCGCUUAUCGUGCUCCCCAUACAGUUUGAGCAGCUGGCCUUCCUGUGGAUGGAGCGUCAAAAGUCCGGCGGAAACUACAGUCGGUACCGGGCGCAGACAGAGAAGCACGUGGUGCUGUGCGUCAGCUGCCUCAAGAUCGACCUGCUCAUGGAUUUCCUCAAUGAGUUUUUCGCUCACCCUCGACUGCAGGAUUACUACGUGGUGAUUCUGUGCCCGGCAGAAAUGGAUGUCCAGGUUCGUAGAGUCCUUCAUGUUCCACUGUGGGCCCAGAGAGUCAUUUACCUGCAGGGGUCUGCUCUCAAAGACCAGGACCUGAUGAGAGCCAAGAUGGAUGAUGCCGAGGCCUGUUUCAUCCUCAGCAACCGGUUUGAAGUGGACCGCAUCGCCGCUGAUCAUCAGACCAUCCUGCGGGCCUGGGCGGUCAAAGACUUUGCUCCAAACUGCCCGCUAUACGUGCAGAUCCUCAAGCCGGAGAACAAGUUCCACGUCAAGUUUGCAGAUCACGUGGUGUGCGAGGAAGAGUUUAAGUACGCCAUGCUGGCUUUGAACUGCGUGUGCCCUGGUACCUCCACACUCAUUACUCUGUUGAUCCACUCCUCCAGAGGACAAACUGCACCCCAGGAGGCCUUUAAGCAACGUGGAGGAGCAUUUCAAGCCCUUAACAGGGAAGGCGGCGCCUGCGCUGCCGACCAGUGGCAUCGAACCUACCGCCGCUGCUCAGCCAAUGAGGUGCACCACAUCCGUCUGGAGGAGAGCAAAUUCUUCGGGGAAUACCAGGGCAAGAGUUUUACCUUUGCCUCCUUUCAUGCUCACAAGAAGUACGGAGUGUGCUUGAUAGCAGUACGGAGGCUGGACACCACCAACAUCCUGCUGAACCCUGGCCCGUGUCAUAUCAUGGGGUCCUCUGACAUUUGCUUUUACAUCAACAUCUCUAAAGACGAGAACUCCGCAUUUGUCCGAGGCCAAAGGGAGCCGUCGUGGGGUAGCGUGGGUAGCAACGCCAGGGGGGUUCACCAAAGCAUUUACCACGGACUCACUCGCCUGCCAGUGCACAGCAUUAUCGCCAGCAUGGGCACAGUAGCAAUCGACCUUCAAGAUUCCAGCGACAGCAGCCCAGAAGGUCCAGACCCUGGGAGCGCUGGGCCCGGCAGCGGGAGAGGAAGUCGAAGCAGCUCCAGAACGGAGAUGAGUGGGGCCAACACUUUGGCUUUACCCGCCAUGGGCGAUUCCGCCGAGGAGAGGCGGCACAGCAUCGCUCCCGUUCUGGAGUUAGUGGACGGUGUGAGCAACCCGACCUUUGACCUGCUGGGGGACCAGUCUGAGGACGAGGGAGGGGAGGAGAGCAAGGACGACUGUGACAAAGACGAGAGCGCCCACUGGUGGGGUCGACACUGCGAGUGGGUGAAGGGCUACCCGCUCAACUCCCCAUACAUUGGCAGCUCACCUGCUCUUUGCCAUCUCCUUCAAGAAAAGAUGCCUUUUUGCUGCCUACGUAUGGACAAGGCUUGUCACCAUAUCCCAUUCGAAGACGCCCGCUCCUAUGGCUUUAAAAACAAACUGAUCAUCGUCUCGGCAGAGAGUGCAGGGAACGGUCUUUACAAUUUCAUCGUUCCCCUCCGGGCCUACUACCGGCCCAGAAAAGAGCUGAACCCCAUUGUGCUGCUUCUGGAGAGCAUACCAGAGGCAGACUUUCUGGAGGCAAUCUGCUGGUUCCCCAUGGUUUUCUACACAGUGGGCUCCAUGGACAAUUUAGACAGCUUGUUGCGGUGUGGAGUGACGUUUGCCGACACCAUGGUGGUGGUUGACAAGGAAAGCUCCAUGAUUGCGGAAGAGGACUACAUGGCUGAUGCGAAAACAAUCGUCAACGUCCAGACACUCUUCAGACUGUUCCCAGCAUUAAGUAUUAUUACUGAGCUCACACACCCAGCCAAUAUGCGCUUCAUGCAGUUCAAAGUCAAAGACUACUACUCUCAAGCUCUGUCCAAGCUGGAAAAGAAGGAAAGGGAGAGAGGGUCCAACCUUGUGUUUAUGUUUCGCCUGCCCUUUGCAGCAGGCAAAGUGUUCAGUGUCAGUAUGCUAGACACACUCCUCUACCAGUCGUUCGUCAAAGAUUACAUGAUCUCCAUUACCAGGCUGCUUCUAGGCCUCGACUCCAUGCCUGGUUCCGGGUUCCUCUGCGCUAUGAAAAUCACAGAAGAUGAUUUAUGGAUACGGACGUACGGCAGGCUUUACCAGAAGCUGUGCUCCUCCACAGGGGAUAUUCCUAUUGGUAUCUACAGAACAGAAGCCCAUAAGCUUCCAGUUUCAGAGUCGCAGGUAUCCAUCACAGUGGAAGACUACGAGGACACCAGAGAACCUAGAGAGCCCCUGCUGUCUCGAAGCGGGGCGCACCGCAACUCAACCUCCUCAGAGCCAGUUUCGAGCUCAUCCCACUCCUCGGACCACCCGCUACUUCGCCGAAAGAGCAUGCAGUGGGCGCGGCGGCUGAGCAGGAAAGGCGGACGCAGCUCAGGAGGAGCCAAGGGCGGCGCCGGCAACGCUGCUGAAAGGAUCAGCCAGCAGAGGCUGACCUUGUUCCGGCGCUCAGAGAGACAGGAACUCAAUGCCCUUGUGAGGACCAGAAUGAAGCAUUUGGGUCUCUCGCCCACUGGCUUCAAUGGCAUGACGGACCAAGGCAACAGACUGUCUUACAUCCUUAUCAACCCCUCUCCAGACACCAGACUGGAGCUGCAUGAUGUUGUGUAUCUCAUCAGACCUGACCCCCUCUCACUGGUACCCAAUCAAGGGAGCGGUAGAAAGUGCAGCACCGGACUUGGAGAAAGCCACAGGUUCGAUACCCAGGACAGCACUCACCUGUGAAACGCAAGAACCAAAAGAAACAAAACACUGAAAACUCUCUCUUGAGAGGAGCAGCAAAGAAAGCUAGACUGCCGUCAGAUCAUCUGAAACUCAGCCGCAGCGGAUGUGCGUGGAGCUCAUCUUGGAACGCUGGAGACGUUCAGAUUGUGCACCUUGCUCAUUUUCAAAGCAGAGACUUCGGGACACAGAAGUGCAUUAAUGAGAAAGGAAAACUACGUAUUUGUAUUGUUGUGCGUAUGUGCAUGUUUUGUACUGCCGCAUUCACCUUUUGGUGGACAUAAGUAUUGAGACACUACAUCCGUUGUAGGAUUGCUAUGUUGAAAGAGAAAAGGGCCUCCCCCCCCAAACCGGGAGUUGUGAUUGACUGGUGACCAAUCUGGGGUGUCGUGGUCACUAUAGCCUCUCACUAUGGGAUAAGCGCCAGCUCACCCGUGCAUCUGAUUAGGAUGAGCUCUAAAUUUAUAAUGUAUACAGGUGAAUUGACAUUAAGGCGUGUCUCAGUACUAAUGUCAAUGUAGUAUCGACCUCUUCAUCAUGCUUAAAGGAUGGCAGUGUACUUCUGAGGGAAAGAAAUCUGACUACCAAUUGGGAAAUGAUUGACACCUUAUGUACUUACAAAUUUGAUCCUUUCAAACAAUUCGGUGACGACUAGGGAUGCCAUAAACAAUUGUUUUGAUAGUCUAUUAAUCACUGAUUGUUUUUGCGAUGAGUCGAGGAAUUAAUCGGCUCAUAUAUAAAGCACAUGUUGUUUAUUGUUAUAUUUCGCCAGGCUUUACAUUUUAGUUGUUAAUGGACCAUGAAUAUGUACAUUAACUACUGUAUAUCAUUGUUUUCCAAAGCAAAAGCAGAUGAUCAAAAACAGAAAUCAAAGACUAUUUAUUGGGUUUCCGUUUGUUUAUUAUCUAAAAUAAUUACAUUUAUAAAAUACAGUAUAUUACAUAGAAUAUUUAAUGAUUCUUUUUUUUUUUGAUAAAUAAAAAAAUAAAAAUAAAGGCAUAGAAUAUUUGCUGUUUUUCUGCCUGCCUGCUUUUUUCUGGGUAAAAUAUAUUGAUAUUAAUGAAAUAAACUUAAAAUUAAAUAAAUUAUGUACUGUUAUUAAGAGGGUCAAAAAUAGGAUAUGGACAACAUCUAUGAAUGAAUAAUCAAAUAUCAAAAGAGUUGUUGAUUAACUGACAAUCGAUUGCCGUAAUUUUCAGAUUAUAAGCCGCUACUUUUUUGCUUCAUUUCGAAUACUGCACCUUGUAGUUCAAUGCAACUUAUUUGUUGAUUUAUUUGGGUUAAAAGGUAACACUAACUCCAUUUAUGUCCAGCUCGGAUCUUUUACAUCCAUUCAAAAAUGAGAUAAUUUGCCGGAUAAUACUAAAUGCCAUCUGUUAUAAGCAUUCAUUAAUGCUUAUGACAGUGUCAUGUCAUAAUUCUAAUUGUCUAAUGACAGUCUUGUGGGGGCACUGUCAAAUAAAGUGUGAACAAAUACCAUAACUAGCAAUUAAUGAAACAACUGGAACAAUAACUGAAAUAAUUAGCACAGAACAUGAAUUUUGUUAUUUACAUCUGUAGCGCUGCAAUGCAAGCUAGGAGGCAUGUUGGACGACAACAGUGUUGACAGCAGGUGGCAGCAGAGGUUGACUGUCUCCCCAAGGGAGCAGUCAUAGCCAAAUGAAGCUUUUUGAAGCAAUGGUGCUUCAUUUGGUCUUAUGACAAGCGUAUGAUGCUGCUGUCAAAUAAAGUGUUACUGGUUAAUAUCUUUUGGUGUGAAUAUCCCAUAAUACAGUGUGAGGACAGCUGCGGCUUAUGGUCCAAUGCGGCUAAUCUGUGAACAAAUGUCAUUUUCGUGUCGAAUUUGGUGAGUGGCGGCUUAUAGUCAGGUGCGCCUUAUAGUGCAAAAAUUACGGUAGUUGUCUAUUAAUCGUGGCAGUUCUACUGACGGGUAUUAAGUUAGUGGAUGUUGUGAGUAGUAAAAUAGAUCAUAAAAGUUUUUUGGGUAUUUCGGUAUCUCGUUAGCUAGCAUUGACAGCGAGAGAAGUCCAAUUUAUUUGAGCGUGAUCGUUCACUACCAUCCGUUCCAGUUUUUAACACUCAAAGUAUGCGUAUUAUCAUGAUGAAAAGGUCCACGUGUGCAGUGUAUGUAUGUAUGUGUGUGUGUGUAAGAGAGUGGAAGCGAGAAACUGCCAAGUCAACCCGGAACCAGCUGCCAAAUUGAAGCAAAGGGACAUUUUUUGUGUCCCCCUCUCUGUGUCGUCAGUGUGGUUUUGUUACAUUCACUCUUGUUUGUUUUAUUAGCACACACUUUGUGAGUUUUGUAUUUUUUAUUUAUUUUUUGUCCCACCCUUUUCUUUCAUGAACUAAAUGUGACAGCCUCAAAUGCUCACAAUUCCUUUUACACUGGUUCGGGCUGUUUUUUUUCAUGAUGUUUCUGUUGGCCUUUUAUGACGCAUCCUAAGCUGAAUGUGCCAUUUCCCUAAAAAAAAAUGUGUGUGUGACUAUGUGGUUGCUGUUGCUUCAAUGCCAUUCUAAAAAGAACAUGUACAUAUUAAAAAUCAUUCAAUUUGUCUUUGUUUUAAUACUUCCAUGAUUCUAUUUUUUAUCAGGGUGUUCUACUGAGCUUUUAUCAUAGCUUUUGACCAAUUGCAUCCCAAAAUAAAUGGGUAACU